GCUGGAAGUCAUAUUUUUUUAAAUAAGAGAGACAGUCUUAUUCAUCUGAAAUAACUCAGAUACAUUAUGUUUUCUUCUAGGGCCAGUAUCUUUAAUCAUGAAAAAUCUCACCAUUAUUACCGAGUUUGUCCUCAUGGGAUUGUCCAGAAAUUCCCAGAUCCAGACCAUCCUUUUUGCGCUGUUCCUGGUGAUUUACCUCUUGACCCUGAUGGGAAAUCUGAUGAUGAUUCUGGUGAUCAGAAUUAAUUCUCACCUUAAAACACCUAUGUAUUUUUUCCUAGGUCACCUGUCAUUUCUAGAUCUCUGCCUUUCUUCAGUAACCAUGCCCAAGAUGCUGCAGAACUUACUAACUCAAAAGAAAACCAUAUCUGUGUGGGGUUGUGUGACCCAGAGUUUCUUUCUCAUACUCUCUGGGAGCACAGAGGCCUGCCUACUGUCUGCCAUGGCCUAUGACCGCUAUGCUGCCAUCUGCCACCCUCUCCUUUACACCAUGGUUAUGAAUAGGCCUCUCUGUGUCAGGAUGGUAACUGCAGCAUGGGCAGUGGGAUUCCUAAAUUCCUUGCCAAAUAAUCUUUUCACUUACAACUUACAUUUCUGUGGUCCCAGUAUCAUCCCUCACUUUUGCUGUGAGCUGCCUUCACUCUUCCCUCUGUCAUGCACUGACCCUACUGCAAAUGAGGCCCUUCUUGCUGGGUCAUGUGCACUGUUGGGAUGUUUGACCCUUCCCCUGAUCCUCUUCUCUUAUUCUAGAAUCAUCUCUGCCAUCUUAGGCAUACAUUCUGCUGAGGGUCAAGGCAAAGCCUUCUCUACCUGUUCUUCCCACCUUACUGUGGUGCUUUUGUAUUAUGGCACAGCUUUAUUCAGAUACAUGACUCCUCUCUCAGGCUCCAAGUUGGAACAAGUGAUCUCCAUUCAGUACAGUGUGAUCACAUCCUUGGUGAACCCCAUCAUCUACAGCCUCAAGAACCAGGAGGUGAAGGCAGCUCUGCAUAAAAUAUUGAAACAAUAAAUGUAUCUUUC